UUCCAGUUUACUUUUGAAUAAACUGCUUGCAUCGGUACAUUCUUUUUUACCAUUAGAUCGUUUGACAAGAAUGGUUUCUUUAACAGAUCUGUGUUUUCCCGGUUAGCAGUUGGCGGUUACUUUCUCUCUCUACUCCCUUGUGAGCCUGAAGAUUUUCUCAUGGGCUUACAUAACCUGAAUUCUACAAUUCAGAAAUCUCGGAUAUUGCGCGAAAAAGUCGAGGAUGCCGUCAGAGACGUCUUCCAGCAAUGCCAAUCUUCUUACUGUUCUUCUUGUUGCCUGCACAGCGACCCAGAAGCGAUGGUUUUCACUGCCCAAGAUCAAAAAGGGCACCUACAUGCGGAGUCUACUGGAUAUUCAGCAUGCCUACAUCUUGAAAUAAGGAAUCUAAUGGCAAUCGGAGACGCGCUGCAGGUGUUCGAAGAGUGGCUUCGUUUCUUGGAGAGACUGCAAUCUCAGCAGGAGGUGGAGAAAUAUUCUGCUCUUGUACGACUGGAGCAGAGCAGACAAUUCCUUGUCAAAAGGCUGGUUGAACAUAAUGGAAGAGAUCGGCCUGUGAUUCAAGAGGCGCUUGAAUUUGCAAGAGCAGCAGAUAAAUCUGCCAACCUACAUCCGAAAGAAUCAAUUCCCAACGGUAACAAUGCACAUUUGCAAAAGAAGCAUACUAAUACGACCAUGAUGCCUUUAAGAGGAUUUAUAUCCUUCAUCAUCUCUCCUAUCCUUAUCAUGAAGAAGCCAUUUAGGUUGCUAAAGGCUGCUGGAUCGUUAGUGGGGUUUGGAGUUGCUGCAGUUGGCACGCUUCUAGCACUGCAAUUGCAGCAGAGAAACCUUGAAUCCUCUAAGAUGCAUAAGAUGAUGCUGAAACGGAACGUUGGUUCAGGAAGAGAAUCUAUUAUAAAUUCUGCAGCCAGAGGACGAACACGGCAAAUAAGGAGAACGCAUAUGGAUGUUUUACAUGGAAGGGGUUGACAGUUACUAGUCGUUUAACAGAACUUUUUAUUGGUCUUGCAAAGUUCUGCAUCCAAUACAAAAUUGAAUUCGAAGUAAGAAGGAGUGAGCCCAGGAGAAUGGGGCAAGAACAUCAACCAUUUUAACUACUAAAGUUGGUGAACUGGAAGUAAGAGUGGAUUGUGAGGAAUGUCAAAGUUGAAGACGUAAAUCAGGCGUCAAGUCUCUCAUUCUGUUGCCGGAGUCUUCUCAUGGUUUUGACCUUCUUUAAGGCUUGGUGGUGUUAAAAAGGAAGACCAAUUAGGUUAUGUCAUUCUUCAUUUUUUUUGUAUACAUAUAUGGUAACUGAUAAGGUGGGUGUCAUCUGCUUCUGAAUUGUUGGGUGUAAUUUAAAAUAUUGUUUUUUUUCUUUCCUUUUCUCUUGGGUGCAUGAAAUUGUCAAUG